AUGGCGCGUGGACCCGUGAAGCACCAGAAGCGCCUCAGCGCGCCCUCGCACUGGCUCUUGGACAAGCUGUCCGGUGCCUACGCCCCCAAGGCCUCGCCCGGUCCUCACAAGCUCCGCGACUCCCUUCCCCUCGUCAUCUUCCUCCGCAACCGUCUCAAGUAUGCGCUCAACGCCCGCGAGGUCAACGCCAUCCUCAUGCAGCGUCUGGUCAAGGUCGACGGCAAGGUCCGCACUGACAGCACCUUCCCCACUGGAUUGAUGGACGUCAUCUCCAUUGAGAAGACUGGCGAGAACUUCCGUCUGAUCUACGACACCAAGGGCCGCUUCACCGUCCACAGGAUAACAGACGAGGAGGCACAAUACAAGCUCGGCAAGGUCAAGCGUGUUCAGCUUGGCAAGGGCGGAAUUCCCUACUUGGUUACGCACGAUGCGCGAACGAUCCGUUACCCCGACCCCGCCAUCAAGGUCAACGAUACCGUCAAGGUCGACCUCGCCACUGGCAAGAUCUCCGACUUCAUCAAGUUCGAUACUGGCGUCAUCGUCAUGGUCACUGGUGGUCGUAACAUGGGCCGUGUUGGUGUCAUCACCCACCGUGAGCGCCACGACGGAGGCUUCAACAUUGUCCACAUCAAGGACGCUGUUGACAACGAGUUCACCACUCGUGAGUCCAACGUCAUUAUCAUCGGAAAGGAGAAGCCAUGGAUCUCUCUGCCAAAGGGCAAGGGUGUCAAGCUCUCGAUCGCUGAGGAGCGUGACCGCCGCCGUGCGUACGCCCUCGCUGGUCACUAA